AGCCAACACAAGACAUACAAGGUGAUACAAGUUGCCGCUGCUGCUUGCGCGCGAAGUCAUGUCAUGACUUCAUAUAUUUUGGCUCAAUGUAGUCACAUAAACUCUAUGUGUAGUCAUAGGUCAUAUAUCCAACGGAAUAGAGUAGCAGCCACGUUGCGGCUUGAGGACGGCCUGUGGACGUUACUUUUUGAAUCGCCCCUGUAGGAUUGGCGACAAUGGCACUGCAAGAUUACGUCCUGCCGCCGUACUGGAACCGGUGUAAUAAUCUUCCUGCCGCGGCUCCUGCGCACUCCACAAUUUCUUCGAAUUUAGUCACAGAAUGGGAAACAUACCUGAACAGCUGUGGCGUUGUAACGCCGACAGGCGAGCACAGCAUGCUGUCGGAGCGGCUUUUGCUUCGCGAGGUGCUGUGGAUGCUGCGCGGUACGAAAGAACUGUUUGCGUUUUCCUGGAAUGGAAUGGAAUACGUCGUCAACGACAAUUUCAAGUUGUCGCACGUCACUCAAGUAGCCGUGAAGAACCAACUGGAGGAAGUGUGCCGCUAUGCGUCAUACGUAGCGCAUUUGCAAGACUUUAUUUCAGAAACUGCAGGUGCCGGAGCUAAGACGUCUGUGGUGACGCUUACUUUCCAAGCUUUUGCGAACUCUAUUUCGGAGCAGCUGGCACCCUACAACACACACCUUGUGCAACUUGAAAAAGUGCUCAUAGAACAAAAUGAGACGUUUACGCUUUUAAUGCUGCUGCAGGACAUGCAUCCCUACUUUGAGCUUGUAAGCCAUAUGCACGACAUUUAUCGUAGCGUUCUGCCCAGUGACACCACAGCCAGCCCUGUGCAGAGGACGGUCAAGCUGCUCAGCGUUCUCGAGCGGACCUUAGUAAGUGCCACAAUUCUAAGCAAACACAGGCCACAAACGGUGGGCCUGUAUCUGGAUACCAUGAAACCCUUCAUUGACUUCGUCGACGAGCUAAGCAGCAGUGGAAAACUGACAGAUCCAUAUCAAGAGUUUCCUAUUAGACGUGCUCGUGACAUUGCGUUUGAAGACCCGAGGUACUGGAAGGAAUCUCUCUACAUUUGUGAUUCAGAUUACUUGGACACUGUCAUGGGGCGCCAUUUACUGCCACUCACGUCUGCAGGCAAGUCAAUGGAGCACCUGAUGCACGCGAUGCAGAGCAGAAACGAUGUCCUGAAGAGCAUGCCGAGGACACUAUACGUUUCCAUUAUUAACAACAUUCCUCGCCUUGAAAGCGAAGUGGAAUGUGAGGCAGAACAAGCUGCAACUUUGGGAAAUGUUGCAGAAGUAUUUGAAGAAAUUAGGCAGUGGACUAAACAGAUUGGUUGCUUUGGGCUGAUUAAUGUGGCAUGUGAGCAGCAGUCGAGCAAGACAGACAGUGCAACACGUAAUCUAACCUGCACACUGUUUCAAAUUCAGCAAGCCAUCACAACUGCGGUAACAGAAAGAUGGCGUGAGAACAGUGCCAAGUUCCUCCAUUUCCUCAAAUCUGAAUGCGAACUUUCCAAGCAAAUCGACACCAUUCACGGUCACUUUCUUAUGUUUGCCGGCGAGAUUAUGCACUUGUUUACUACUGAGAUGUUCUCAAAGCUCUUGUCAGAUACUCCAGCGACGUGGCAGAACUUGUCAUUCUUGAAUUUCGCCCUGCAGGAGGCACUGUCUUGGCACUGCAAACCAGUUCCUUUCUUAAGGAAUCUGAGCAUGAGACUGAAGGACAGUUCAGCCAAGGUACAGCUGGAUGGCUUUGACAAUGUUGUGCUUCGCUAUGAUGUAUCAUGGCCAGUGUCAAUUGUGUUGACUGAAACUACUCUCAAUUUAUACAACCGGAUCUUUAUUUUCCUUUGCAAGGUGAAGUGUGCCAAGUUUGCUCUCGAAGAACUGCAUUUCCAGGAGCUCUGCAGCUGCCAUGUCAGGGAGACGGUGACAAUGAAGCGGGUUGCUCUCUCCCUCCAGCUACUGAGAUUCCAAAUCCUCACUUUUCUUAACUCUUUCCAUGCUUGCCUUAUGCAAGAAGUUCUGCAUGGCAGCAAAUUAGCCUUUGACAAAGAACUUGACAGUGCCACAGAUCUGGACGCUGUGAUCAAGUGCCACGAAGGAUUUGUUGCCAAAGUGUUCCGUCAGUGCCUGCUGAGCGAGCCAUUUAGUGAUCUGCGAGAACCGGUACUGUCUUUUCUAAAGCUCUGCAUCAAGUUGCACAUCCUCUGGAACAGAGGUGUGGAGAAUGUAGCUUGGUCUGAAGUCAAAAAUAUCCAUGACGGCUUCAUAAAAUGCCACGUCAUGAUCAAGCGCAUGGCCAAGAUUUAUGUGAACCGGGGGUAUGCAGACUCGUCACGGUUAUUAACUUUUGCUCUUGAUAUGCCCUAUUUACAUAUCGUAGCAACCUAGGCACAGUUCUUGUAGCCUUAUUGGAGGACUUUGUGCUUCCAGUGUAAUAGCAUUGUAUGUAUGCGUGUUUGCAUUUACUGUCUUCCUGCAUGUUGUACAAGCAUUGAUCCUCUUUUUACUAUAAGUGACCUUCAAUUUUUCCCUGUACUAAUAAAGGUA